UUUUAUGGGCAAUGUUCCACUGGUAGUAGGAGUUGAACCAACCUUAUUAACCGUUGUUAAUUUGUCCUCGUCCUUAGGUCAAGAGGUAGUCCAAGAUGGCUGCAGCAUCUUAUGAUCAGCUGCUGAAACAAGUGGAGGCACUGAAGAUGGAGAACUCCAACCUUCGACAAGAGCUUGAGGACAACUCCAACCACUUGACCAAACUGGAGACGGAAGCCUCCAAUAUGAAGGUAAUCAGACCUCGUCUAUGAUACACUAAGAACCCUGUGUCGAAGGUCGUGUUCAUUAUUGCACACUGGGUCGACAGUCGUGUUCAUUAUGGCAUACUGUAGCAAAACAUUUUCCUACAUAAAAUGCAAAGUACAGAUGGCAGUCGCUCACCCCGUUACACUCAAUUUCAAAGCGGUUCCUUCUGUUUCAUGCCUACUGAACACAACCAAGCUUUUCCUCUUCCCUCAAAUGCGUGUACCAACUCAGUGGCCUUGUGGUUAGUGUCCGCCCUGAGAUUGGAAGGGUGUAAGUUCAAUCCCUGGCCGAGUCAUACCAAAGACUGUAAAAAUGGGCACUCAGCUUGGCACUCAGCAUUAAGGAGAUAGAUCGUGGGGUAAGGCGUCCUGUCCAUGGGGUGUACUUGUACAUCAAGCUGCCUCACGUUACCGUCGUUGAUGUGUUUGUCCCAGUUAUUGCUUCACUCAGUAGGCUUCAUCAAGCACAACAGUGGGAUAUUUCCCUAGGCAAGAUCUUAGAACAUAGCCUGUCUUCCAGCUUUGAACACCAAAUAUGCCUGAAAUAAGAUGUUAGUGUUGAGUGCUCCGCUGAAAGUAAUUUAUAGACUCUCUAAUCCACCCCCUCUCAAUAUAGGCCUAGCUACCGAGGAAGACACCAUGAUGUAGCACGGACAGAAAAUGUUAGCUAGUAUCCGAGACAGAAAUAAAUAUAUCCUCCUUUUCUCCUCAUCCUGUCCACAUUCUCACAACACCCCUUCACAGGCCUCUCGCUCUCGCUCUCGACACAUCCCACUGUAUUGUCACUCUCUUGAAUUAUCCCCUCCCUAUCUGCAGCCCAGAGUCGGGCUGUGUCUGAAAACGUUACUAGCUGUCAUCCUCGUUUCUGCUGUCCUUGUUUCCUCAAUUCCUCUCGAAGCUUAUUGGAAGAUGGGGGUUCGAGGGAGGCCCCUUGGAUCCUCUCCUCCAAUGCAAUUUCAGAGGAAUUGAGACUGAGGAUGGAAAGAUUUGGAGGUUAGUAACAUUUUCAGACACAGCCUUGGACUGUUCAUGAGAAGAGCUGCCAUCCUGGGCUUGGCUGCUGAAUGUGUCACACACACACACACACACACAUACACACUGGACACGCACACACUGGACACACACUGGACACAUACACACUGGGGUUGGAUGUACCAGCCUGCUAGGUGCCGUUGCUUUAAUUGGAUGAUGUGACCUGGCAGGCUGAGACUUCAGGAGGUGAUUUUAAACUCCUAGGGCUUUUCUGUUCUCACAGGAGUAUUUGGGUUCUUAACAAUCUCUGUCAAUGUCUUCUACCCCACAAUGCACCCCUGGGUAGUGAGUGGUGCCACCUCACAUUAGGGAGCACUACUUUCUUACAUGUGGCAGUACAUUUUGUGGACGACUCAUUAGCCCAGGAGCUAAGGACAAGAGACCGCAGAUCUUUCCCUGAAUCACAAAUCAACUAGGGGUUGAUUCUCUCUGAUCUAUUAAAAUGCUUAGUUGCUUUUGUGUGUUGUGACAUAUUCAUUUCCUGGGAAUGAGUGACAUCGUGGAAGGACUCACAGCAUGUAGGGACUUGCUGAGGUAUAUGUUUGGUGCAAGCUUAGUCAGUAUUAGCUAUUAGUCGACGCUGGGUGAGUCUUAAUGUGAAUAACACUGAUGACACAUACUUUAUGUGAGACUGUGUUCACUUUCCAGUAGGUUUGGAGCUGGGUUUGAGGUUUGCCUCAGUCUCACUUUGGGGGGGGGGGGGGGGCUGGUCGGGGUCUACCGGCUCUACCCUUAGCUUAGCAGCAGUGCUGAAUGUGCCAGUCUAUCUAUUAACAAUGCGCCCCAUCAGCUCUGCUCUGCCUCUCCGUCUGCUUUGGCUCAAAUGGAAAACCUGCCAACUCAGUCAGUUUAGUAAGCCUAGGGAUAGGCUACCUGCUACUCUGCAGUCUAUUUCACGCUGGAGGGAGGUGGCUGUGGCACACCCCUUUGUGCUGCUGCAGAUACAGAACCAGCCUGGGUUUGGCUUAGGGAUUUCUCAAUCUCUGGCACUAGCUUAACUCUUUUUAAGGAGAUGUAAUGUGUAAAAAAUUAAAAUACAUUCAAGUAUAAUUUUUGUCCUUGGUGCAACGACGCCAUCCAUUGUGUUGACCUGUAUUGUUCAGAAAUCCUUCCUGGACUGUAAGCUAUAGUGUUGGAGGUUAGGUUACUGCAUCCUGCAAUGCUUACUAAAUAGGGUUUAGCUUAAUGCUUAUCGUAAGUUGAGUGUUUUGUAGGUUAAUGGUAGCCUAAGUAGUAUAAACUCUAAAGCACUGUAGUGCAAUGUUUCUAUGUAGGCUAAUUAGGGGGAAGGGUUAUCAUUUCCAACCAAGUGAGAAUUAUCAGGCCUAUCUUGUAGAAAUAUGGCCUGUUAGUAUUCCUUAUUGGGGAGAACCCCUGGUGAGAUCAUAAAAGAUGGAUCAUAAAUAAUUAGAUUAUUCAGGGGGUGAAUAAUGGUAUUGUUAAUGACUAAUGGAAGAGAUUAAAGACAGUCCGCCUUUUCCCUUUGUGGUAAUCAGUCUUGUAUUCAUCAGAAACCAUAUCUCCCUCUGGCACGUUUAGAUCGAUGUAAGCUGCUCUUUCAAAGACACACACACACACACACACACACACUGCUCAUUCUGAGACGCUCUCUUCCCUCCGCACCUCGGGGAAGGCAGGGUCUUUUUUUAGCGUCUCUCUCCCUUCCUCUCAUUGUAUCUGAUGAAUGCGCCUCUCUCAGUUCCGACAUCCAGCCAUUUCCUCUCUCCUCGGGGCUCAGGGUCUGCAUCCCAAAUAGCACCAUUUUCCCCUUUUAUAGUGCACUACAUUUGACCAGGGCCCAUAGGGUGCACUAUAUAGGGAAUGGGGUGCCAUUUGGGACGCAUCCAGGCUGUCACAGGCUCACAGCUGCAGGGAGACCAGAGGAGAGCACGAACAACGGCAUCUCCAUCAAUGAGCACUGAGCAGGCUUCCUCUCUUUCCUACACACCAAGCCAUGACACACAGCGCAACAAGAGCUCCAUUUUAGUUCAAUAAUUAUGUUUACGAGCACGUGCGCACACGCGCGCACACGGACACACACACAUCGAAUUGUACUUGUAUCUUAUGUAACCCAGUUUUAACAUAAACCCUACAGCUUUAGAUGAGCACUAAACCUCUAUAAAUCCUCAGUCAUUCCAUCCUGUAUGUGGAAAGCGAUGAUAUAAAGUGACAUUUUGCAUGUGAUAUCUCUUAAGUUUCUGGCAGAAAGUUUCUUCAGAAGUUACUGGUGAAAUUGAAAUCACCUUUUGGGGGGAUCAAUACUAGUGGCUCAUUCCCAGUGGGUGGGUCCACAACAUAAUAGUCUAAUACUGCUACUGGGGGAGUUGAAAUGGGCUUAGUUCUCAGAACAGACAGGUUUUUAUGAUUUAAGCUUUCUACUUAACGGGGCCCUGAAUCUCCUAAGCUUUUUAGGAAUCCACUUUGUUUAGCAGAAAAGUUAAAUCAAGGAGUUUCAGACAUAGAAAUUAAGGUUUUCCGAUCAUCAAUGAAUAGCUUUUGAACAAAACAGAACUCCCGUUUCCCCCCCAAAAAAAUCCAUGCCUUUUUCUAUUUUGAGAAGUCUUAUUUCUGGUGUACUAUAAUCCUAAAAUUACCUAACAGGAAUCUGUGGUGGUCUGGGUCUCUCGUUAAGUAAAGCCUAGCAGGUAAGGUUACUUCACACAUUAGUGUCCUAAUCUAAACCCUCCAGGCCUGCCUUCCCAUGACAACAUCAAUGCUUGUUUUUUCCUUAUUACACACCACAUGCAUAAAAAAUAAAAUAAAAUAGCAUUCUCAAUGACAGUCUACCUUUUUCCAGUCAGAGUGCAGUACAAUAGCCGGACAUGGCGUGGUCCCUUCCCCUCUCCCCUUGUUCUGCUUUGCCCCCCCCCCCACUCACACACAGGACCCGUCCCUCCAACCGGACUCACAGGCCAACCAACAACCAAACCCCAGGGCCUCAUGGGAGCCCAGUUCAGAUGAAACGAGAGUCUGAUGAGAAUGAGACCCUGGCGUGCUGGGUGGGUUUUGGCUCUGCAGAUGGGUACUUUUACAGCAUUGAUUUGAGUUACUAGGAGUAUUGGAUUACCUUUUUAAAAGCCUGGCUGUCUGUAGUGUGUGUGUGUGUGUGGAGGGCAUGCAGGACACUCAAACACUGCAGGGAUGCCCUGGUAUUCUAGCCGGUCUCUCUGUUGGAUUUGUUUAUUGGGGAAGAGUGCGUCCAUUUUCCCGUCUCGGAUUGAGCAAACAGAUCCAGAAUGCUGAGACUCGGACAGCAGUGGACUAAAAAUAUAAUUUAAAGAGUUGACAACUGGACUUGGUAUCGAUGUGGCUGCUUCAAGGUUUGCUUUCCUUUUUUAUUUGGUUUAGCAGCUAGUAUUUGAUUAUCCUACUAAUUGAAGUAAGGUCAGACUUGAUUAGUGUUUUUUGUACUUUCCUACAGUAGUGGCUUGCCUGUCCUCAAAUUUCAUUUACUCUCAAGGACCCAAUGGUUAUUUGUUUUUAUGGGUCUUUUUCUAGGCCAGAUCAAUCUAUAUGGAUUCUCCUCUUGGUCUUGAAUUUACGGUCAGCUAGUAAUCAGCGUUCUAAAUGACCUGUAUUCUAGUCACAUGUUAGCAACAACAUGUCCGUCACCCCCGAUGGUUGAAUAGAGGAGUGGUUCUGCUAGGAGCUGCUGUGAAUAGAAUGAGGGGCUCUUUUAUCAUAUGAUCCCAGCCUGAUAAUGCAGCCGUUGUGCAGUGUGUCUAGACGUCACACAUGCUUUAGAGGGAGCGGGAGAGGGCGCAUCACACAGUCAGGGCUGUGUGUGUGUUGUUUCCUGCUAUCCAGCCCUCUGGUCUGACCCCCUUUCAGCCCGCUCAUCGAUGCAUGGGCCAGGAUCAGAGGUCAUAGGGUGGAGGUCAGCGGACACUGUGACCCUCCGGGUCAUGCGGUUGGUUACGUUGGGAGUAACCCUUCAAUCUAAUGGGAAGCAGCUGUAUGGACAUAGCCUCUUGAUGGCCCCUGGUCUUUGACUGAGACUGGGACAGGCAGGGUAGAAGAAAAACCCUGUUCUGUUUCCUGAGUGGGAGCCGUGUUGUCGCCGGACAUUGUGUCGUCGGACAUCACUUCUCUGCUCUGAUGCUUCCCUCUCCCCUCGGACUCACUGGAGGACGGGAGACUAUUCUUUCUAGUCCACUUGAAAAAUUACAUAAGCUAACGAACCAUUCAAUCUGGAAAUACCUUUUUACUAACUUUUGAUUUAUUGACCUGCAGUACAAAUUUGCAGUUAAUACAAUAUAAAGUCCAGAUUGGUUGGAGGAUUCUGCCUGCUGUGGAGACUACCACUGCUGCUACAGCUGUAGUACUGUACUCUGGGGUUCCUGAGCUAUAUGGACAUGAUCGUAUCCAGCCUCUCGUUCGCUAUGCUGUAUCAUUCUGAUUGUAGGCCUAGUUGUUUUAACGCUGGAUUUAUUAUUCUCCUCUGGAAGUAUGCCUUUCCACCCUUCAGUUUGUCACUGUUGUAAGUUCAUUGUGGUAAGUCUUAGUCCUCCUGUAACAAGGCAGCUUCAAUAGGCUAAUUAUGUUCAUGAUCUUUUUCCAGUGAUGUUAUAGAGCCGAGCGUUUAACUGAUUAUGGACAGGACACGUAGUCAAACAAACCCGUAGCGGGAUCAAGAUCUGUAAGAUCUUCAUAAUGUGGUGUAUAUUAGGUCAAGUGGGUUCAGAGUUCCAUUUUGAAAUGUGUCAUUUAAUGGUUUUAUAAGUAUUAACUAGGCUGCUUUUCCCACUUUAACAAGGGUUUUGGCUAAAUUUAGUUUUUUUCAUUUGUGGAUAUAGGCCUACAGCAAACAAUGCAUUGCUACUGUAUGUCUUUGGGUUGGUUGGCCUGUGAAAAGGCUAAAGAUGAAGAUGCAUCAGAUACCUUAUCGGAAAGGAUGGGAGAUAAUGUCCAUAGGAGGAGAAAAACUGCUCUAGCUGACCUAGAGGAUGGCAGAUGUCAUUGGUUGACUGAAGAGUAGAGUACACUGAGAACAAUAUCAAGUCUAAAGAAUAGCAUCCCUCCCUUCAGGGCAAAGUCACUGAUGAAAUCAAAGGGCCAUUUCUUAAAAAGCCAUUAGUGGCAUGCUCUUUAGGAACAGAGAGACUUAGUUAGGGUCCAACCUACUAUACUGUCUGUAUCCAAGAAAGGCACCUGACCAAUUCAUUAGACCUAGCCUUAUUCAAGAAGACUUCUUUUUGUUUCUGAUUAGCGACCACUGUAAUGAAUCAGCCCGUUCUUUGCUGCUACUUUUCUGUUGCACUUUUGUUCUUCUAAAGAGGAAAGGUCUUCUUCAAAGCCCUAUUAGAUGUCUGUCUCUCUGACUGUGAACCUCCUGGUUGUGACGUUGGGGGGGGGGAGGAAGAGCGAGGGAUAGUUAAGGGGAGGGAGAGACUGAAAGAGGGAGAGGUGGGAAGCAAGUUCCUUGGCGUCCACAUCACGAAGGACUUAACAUGUUCCACACAUACCCCCUCAAGAGGCUGAAAAGAUUUUGCAUGUGCCCUCAGAUCCUGAAAAAGAUCUACAGCUGCACCAUCGAGAGCAUCUUGACUGGCUGCGUCACUGCUUGGCAUGGCGAAUGCACCGCCCUUGAACCGUAAAGCACUACAGAGGAUGGUGCGGAUAGCCCAGUACACCGGGGCCGAUCUCCCUGCCAUCCAGGACCUCUAUAUCAGACAGCGUCAGAGGAAGGCCCGAAAAAUUGCCAAAGACUCCAGCCAACCAAGCCAUAGACUGUUCACUCUGCUACCGUCCGGCAAACAUUACCGGAGUCCCCCCCCCCCCCCCUUACUUUUUUCUGUUUCUAAACUAAAAGAACAUUGCUGUUCUUUCCUGCUUUUGAAAUGUGUGUGAGUGUGUCCCUCUGUGCGUAUACAUAUCAACUAGAUGUUGUUCAGUGUUCUUAUUCGCGGUUGUGUGUUUACAAACAAUACAUUAAAAGUGAUUGCUUUUCCUGUCUUUCAGGAGGUGCUGAAACACAUACAGGGAAGCAUUGAAGAAGACUCAACCGAUUCAUCUGGACAAAUCGAUCUCCUAGAAAGACUGAAAGGUAUGCAUCCCACAUGAGGUGACAGAAUUAGCUGACUGAAACGCAUGUUCUAUUAAAUAACCUCAAUUUGAUGUUCCUUCCUCCGGUAGAAAUUAGCCUGGAUCCUAACACUUACCCAGGGGUAAAGCUGAGACCUAAGCCAUCUUCCAUGCAGGGUUCAGGCUCUGGGCAUUCAGGGGACAGCAGCCCCAGCCCCAUGGGUUCCUUGGGCUCCCUCCAAAAGAGAGGGGUGUCCAAUGGCGGCAGAGACACCGCUGGCUACCUGGAGGAGCUGGAGAAGGAGAGGUGAGCUCCUGCUUGCAUUAUGAUGUAUUUUCACAUUAGUUUGUCUUUGUUGAAGGCUAUACUUAGUCUCCAUCCCAAACGGCACCCUAUUCCCUACAUUUGCCUCUCUCCCUGCCAAAUCACAUUAUGAAUGCAAUGGUGCAGUCUGAGGGCUUCCAUCACAUAGUGCGUCAUGCUAACAUUGUUAGGUUGCAAAGUGUAUUCCCGGGCAUUAGUCACAGACCGGAUGCAUUAGGCGGUCGUAUUCAGGACACCUACCCUGUUUUAUUCUGGCAUAUCAAUGCUGUAUAUGUGUCUUUCUCUUAGGUCCUUGAUUGGAGUUUAUAUGGUCUGACUUCGGUCAGUGUUUUGUAUCUUUGGUCUCUGAUUGGUGAAUUGUUUAUUGAAUUUUUUAUAUCUUGGGUCUCUGAUUGGUGCGAUUGUCUCUGUCCUGUCAGGUCCUUAUUGAUGGCGGAGCUGGAGAAAGAGGAGAAGAAGAAGGACCAGUAUUACGCACAGCUGCAGAACCUCACCAAGAGGAUCGACAGCCUACCGCUGACUGAGAAUGUAAGUGUGUUGGGAUGGGGUAUAAUGACUUAUAGAUGCUCUCAAAGUACCAUAACUGACAGUACGCAGUUAUCCUCUCUGCAGUAUUAAAUAUUCAACAUUUCGUCAUGCCUGAUGUGUUGUUGAUCAUGUUUGCGGUUGCAGCAAUUCUCCCUGCAGACGGAUAUGACCCGUAGGCAACUGGAGUACGAGGCGAGGCAGAUCAGAGCCGCCAUGGAGAAACAGCUGGGAACCUGCCAGGAUAUGGAGAAGAGGGCACAGGUGAGGAAAGAUGGAUGAGAUAAAUGGAGACAGUGAAAAAGGAGAGAGGAGGUAGAGAAAUGUAUGGAAUGAGUCAUUGAUUAGGAAACACACACACACACACAGGAAGAACAGAAUGGUCAGUAAGGAUACUGAUUAAGUGGGAUGAGAUUAUGUAGGCAGUUGGGGGGUAGGACAUUUAGUAAAUGGACUUAAAUUGACAUAAUUCAACAACGUCUGUCUGCUUCUACGAAUGCUUUUAUUCAGUAAGUGUUACAUAAUUGUAAUAUCCGGUUAUCAUCCUCUGAGUGAUUGCUUCCUGUAAAUGUCCUGCCGUGUUUCAGGUGAGGGUGACUCGUAUUCAGCAGAUAGAGAAGGACAUACUGAAGAUCCAACAGCGUGUCCAGUCUCCACCUGCAGAACCAGAGGUAUGUGAUACUCACCCCAGCCUCUAGACUGUACAUCUAGGCCUUGUUCUAGCCAGGACAAUAAAGGUACAGAAUAUCUCACUGUAAAUACAUUUAGCGGACACACAUUAUUCCUGUCCAAAAUGACUAAAAUGCCCUUCGACAAUACAGAGGGUCCGGGACUAAGCAUAAUCUGUGUCUGGGAAACCAGCCCUAAAUGUAUUUACAUUGAGAUAUUUUGACCCUCUGUUGUUUCUGGCAACACUUUCUCUGUAUUCUGGCUAAUGCCUGGCCUGUCUCUGUAUUCUGGCUAAUGCCUGGCCUGUCUCUGUAUUAUGGCUAAUGCCUGGCCUGUCUCUGUAUUAUGGCUAAUGCCUGGCCUGUCUCUGUAUUCUGGCUAAUGCCUGGCCUGUCUCUGUAUUCUGGCUAAUGCCUGGCCUGUCUCUGUAUUCUGGCUAAUGCCUGGCCUGUCUCUGUAUUCUGGCUAAUGCCUGGCCUGUCUCUGUAUUCUGGCUAAUGCCUGGCCUGUCUCUGUAUUCUGGCUAAUGCCUGGCCUGUGUGGACAUCUCCGUCUCAGCAGACAUUCCGUGGUCACAGGUUGUUGGCUUUUAGUCAUGUAAAGAACCUGAAGCUGCUUCCAUCUGAGUGUCGUACCAUGUCAGUCAGCCAUCCCAUUUUCUGAUAUCCAUUUAAUCCUCCAUGUUGUACUGGUUGCGCUAACCGUACCGUUCCCCUUUCUAUGCAAUGGGGAAUGAUGUGUAGCCUCCAUCCCUGCUUUACAGAGAAAUGUCUCAUGGACAUUGACUAGUGUACAAUAAUGCUUUGUUACUGAUCCGAUAUGGUGAUUUAUCUGAACUGAACACACACUGUCCUCUCUCAUCCAAUCAUUUUGCAGUGUUCUGCUCAUCUAAACAAGAGCAGCAUUUAUUUACAGUGGCUCCUAAGGACACUAGAAUGCUAGAAGCAACUCUAGAAUACGGAGUUCCUUCCAGCAUUCCACUGUAUCUAACUUCUGACCCUGAUUCUGGGGGGUGAAAUGAACCAUAGGCUUUCUCCUGUUCUCUCUCCUUGUGUUAAAUAUUAAAAAGAGAGCUAGUGAAUGAAUGACAUUUUAUUUUCGUGUCAAAUUACCAGUUGGCAACCCAUCCCUUAUGGGAUUAAUUGACACACACACAAACAUUACUAUAGUUCACUGUCAUAAUUCAGUGAUCAUUCUUCUUCCGGUGUUAUAAUAAAUAAAUAAAUAAAAUUUCUUCCGGUGUUCUCUGCAGUGCAUAUCGCAUACAGAGUGGGGGAAAAAAUCAAUACAUAAUAGUAAAUAAGAUAAUCCAAAGAAGAAUUAUAUCCUUAGAGCAGUAAAAAUAUACAUGCAUACAUACAUACAGUGCCUUUGGAAAGUAUUCAGACCCCUAGACUUUUUCCACAUUUUGUUACAUUACAGCCUUAUUCUAAAAUGGAUUAAAUAAAUAAAAAUCCUCAGCAAUCUACACACAAUGCCCCAUAAUGAGAAAGCGAAAACAGGUUUUUAGAAAUGUUAGCAAAUUUAUGAAAAAUAAAAAACAGAAAUACCUUAUUUACAUAAGUAUUCAGACCCUUUGCUAUGAGGCUUGAAAUUGAGCUCAGGCAUUGAUCAUCCUUGAUAUGUUUCUACAACUUGAUUGGAGUCCACAUGUGGUAAAUUCAAUUGAUUGGACAUGAUUUGGAAAGGCACACACCUGUCUAUAUAAGGUCCCACAGUUCACAGUGCAUGUCAGAGCAAAAACCAAGCCAUGAUGUCGACGGAAUUGUCCGUAGAGCUCCGAGACAGGAUUGUGUCGAGGCACAGAUCUGGGGAAGUGUACCAAAACAUUUCUGCAGCAUGGAAGGUCCCCAAGAACACAGUGCCCUCCAUUCUUAAAUGGAAGAAGUUUGGAACCACCAAGACUCUUCCUAGAGCUGGCCGCCCGGCCAAACUCAGCAAUCGGUGGAGAAGGGCCUUGGUCAGGGAGGUGACCAAGAACCCGAUGGUCACUCUGACAGAGCUCCAGAGUUCCUCUGUGGAGAUGGGAGAACCUUUGAGAAGGACAACCAUCUCUGCAGCACUCCACCAAUCAGGCCUUUAUGGUAGAGUGGCCAGACGAAAGCCACUCCUCAGUAAAAGGCACAUGACACACCGCUUGGAGUUUGCCAAAAGACACCUAAAGACUCUCAGACAAUAAGAAACAAGAUUGAACUCUUUGGCCUGAAUACCAAACGUCAUGUCUGGAGGAAACCUGGCACCAUCCCUACGGUGAAGCAUGGUGGUGGCAGCAUCAUGCUGUGGGGAUGUUUUUCAGAUUGUGCAAAGCUGUCAUCAAGGCAAAGGGUGGCUAUUUGAAGAAUCUCAAAUAUAAAAUAUGUUUUGACUUGUUAAACACUUUAUUUGGUUACUACAUGAUUCCAUAUGUUUUAUUUCAUAGUUUUGAUGUCUUCACUAUUCUUCUGCAAUGUAAAAAAUAGUGAAAAUAAAGAAAAACCCUUGAUUGAGUGGGUGUGUCCAAACUUUUGACUGGUAGUGUUUAUACUAGUCUUCCAUCCAAUUCUAAUUGAAUGAAGGAGGACAUGUUAGACUGCAGCACUAGACACAUUAGCUGACCUAGUGACUGAGAAUGUGUGCAGUCAAUCAACCGGUGACCUACCUUCUGCUCCUGUUGGAUGCACAGCCAAGAAGCCAUAAGGCCUUGGUGGGUGUUCAUGUGUCACUGUGCAUGAAUACCGUAUUCAAGCCAGUGCACUCAUGCCUGCAUCAUGUGAGAUUGUGUUUAUUUGGUGGCCCAUACAGUAUGGGUGCUCGUGUGUUUGGCUGUUUGGUAAUUGUGUGUGUACACUACUACAAUCUCUUACUCUACAUGAGUGGAUAAAUCAUUGGACACAUUUAAUUCCCCCCUCUUUGACUGUCAUCCUGCAGGCUGAGCUACAGCUUAUGUAGGUCAGGGAUAAGGAAGCCUGAUGCUGCUGCUCUAGCUAGCCUAGUGACUGAAAGCUAUAUCCUCUAUCGCCAUCACUCUGUUUGUCUCGUAGUCUCUCACACCCACUCUCAAUCUCUCUCUAUUGCUAUCACUCCCUGUCUCACACGUCCACUCUCUCUCAAUCUCCUGUCUUCCUCCUCUCUCACUCCUCCUCAUUCUGUCUUGCUCUCGCUCUCUCCCUUUCCUUCCUUUCAGUCUCUCCGCCUGCCCUACGGGGACUGUUUUCUGUUUCCUAUUUUUUGAACGGAUUCUGCCUCUGCUUCCAGGUGACUGGUUCUGUUUCCUCUCUCUCUCUCUGUUGUCUAGUUCCUCUCAUCCCUCAUUUAGCCUGCUACAUGAAUGGUUCGCUCCUCUGGAGGUCUGAACCUUAUUUCCCUCUUUCUUUCCCCGUGCAGAGCAUGCAUGACCAGGCUGCUCAGGAUCAGGGAGCCCAGGCUUCAGGGCACAGUGGUGGGCCUAAUGCUGGGUGUUCUCAGGUGAGACUCACCUUCUUUCCGUACCUGAUCCAAGACAAUCAGCAUGUUUGAGGGGAUCAUUAUUAGAUCAUUAUGAGUAGCAUAUUGGAAUGCAAUGUGAUUUGUAGACUGUGAUUCUACGUAGUUUGACUGCAAUGUAGUCCAUCUGAAACAAACACAGUGCUUGCACCCCCAGAGAUUUGUAGUUAACGUUUGACGGAUUCAUUUUUGCUUCCUUUGGUCCUAUAAUGCUCCAGAAAAUAACUUCCGCCAUUGGACUGACUGGUGAUGUUGGUUAGGGGAGUUUGGCUGAGCUGUCGUGCGCUGCCUUUUUUUGCCGUGCUUAGAGCCUUGACUUUCCAUUUAAUGCUAAUGAUGUGUCUUACUUCAGAGUAGGUUUUAUCCCUGAGGCUUGCGGUUAAACCGUUAAUGGUUGGAUUUUUAUUUUAACGACGACUUUUAAAAUGUAAUGUAGUCUGACUUCCCUCGAUUCUUAGCAGAAUGAAUGAGGUUGCUGGGAAUGUUCUGUGGAAAAAAACAGUCACACACUGUGACACACUAAUGGCUUUGAUGAGAAAGGCAAAGAUGUAGCUCAGUUGGUAGAGCAUGGUGCUUACAACGCCAGGGUUGUGGGUUCGUUUCCCACGGGUGGCCAGUAUGAAAAUGUAUGCACUCACUAACUAUAAGUCGCUCUGGAGAAGAGCGUCUGCUAAAUGACUAAAAUGUAAUGUUAUACUGUAGGAAAUUGCUAACAAGCAACACAUCAAUAUUAAUACAUUUUAAUUUAAAAAAUGCUUUAAAAAGUUGUUUAACAAAAUUAUUUAUUUUGUAAUCUAGGGUUCGAGCUCUCGCCUGGAUCAGGACUCUGCCAGUGAAAUGAGUUUGGGUGGGGGUAGUUACUCUGUGCCCCGCAGACUGACCAGUCACUUGGGCACCAAGGUAACCAGAUAUUCUACCAACACUCGGGUUGAUGUAGUUCUACUGUUCUCAUCAAACGAUCCCCCUUAAUAAUAAACCACAUGAGAUCUGCCUGCAUGCCCAAACCGGAAAUGUGAAAUGUUAUCUAGUUUAGAAAUGUAAUAGAAAUUGCUUUUUUAAACGGAAGGUAGCUCACAUAAAUUAGAUUGCAUCCCAAGUGGGACAAUUUGAUCCAUUUCGAUAUUAAUAAUUGACCUAUGUAUCAUCAGGGCGUGUCUUCAACAAAGUAGUUGUUCUCACGGUCGCCCUCUAACCCUAUAGGUGGAGAUGGUGUACUCCCUUCUCUCCAUGCUGGGGACCCAUGAUAAAGAUGACAUGUCUCGCACUCUGCUGGCCAUGUCCAGUUCCCAGGACAGCUGCAUCGCCAUGCGCCAGUCAGGCUGUCUUCCCUUACUCAUCCAACUCCUCCAUGGCAACGACAAGGUUUGUAAUGUUUUUGUUUGGUAACUUUGUCUUAUUCUUUAUCAUUCGGCUAGAUGUUAUUUAUUCAGUCGAGGACCACUUUGGAAAUAAGUAUUUUAAUGAAUGCUUUCAAGUGAUAUCCUGUUUUUAAUUUAUUAUUUUGUAAAAUUCUAUUCAAUUCAAGGACUCAGUGCUGCUGGGGAACUCCCGAGGCAGCAAGGAGGCGAGGGCGAGGGCCAGCGCCGCCCUCCAUAACAUUAUCCACUCCCAGCCUGACGAUAAGAGAGGGCGCAGGGAGAUCAGAGUACUGCACCUCCUGGAGCAGAUCAGGGUUUACUGUGAGACCUGCUGGGAGUGGCAGGAGAACCAUGAGAGGGGAGUGGACCAGGAUAAAAACCCCAGUAAGGCCUGCUCAGAUGUAUUUCAUGCUUUGGUUAGGGCAUUGUUAUUUGGAUGAGUAAUGCAGGACAAAAACCCAGUAAGGACUACAGCGACAGUUGUAAUGAAUUGUGUUGGUUUGGUUUUUCAUUGUGUAUUUGGAAGGAUAAACCCCCAGUAGGUCCUGCUCAGAUCACUUGUGCUUGAUUUGUUUAAUGUAUUACAUGGAUAAUUGGAUGGGUAAUGCAGGACAAAAACUUUCAGAUGGAUGAACUGUGUUUUAGUUAGGGUAUGGACAUUUGGAUGGGUAAUGUGUUUUUAUUCUAAUGGAUUGUGUGUGUGUGUGUGUGUCAGUGCCCUCUCCCGUGGAGCAUCAGAUCUGCCCAGCGGUAUGUGUUCUAAUGAAGCUGUCCUUUGAUGAAGAGCACAGGCACGCUAUGAAUGAGCUCGGUAAGCAUUCAUUCCAAAACUGUUGUUCUGACCAAAUGCACCUUUUUAUUUAUUUAGGCUAUUUAACCAGGAUAGUCCACUUGGUGACACUUUCCACUGAUUUCCAGGCAGUUAUCUAAAAACAACUCAUGAAACGAAAUCUUUAUUUGAUCGGUUUAAUGUUUCAUAUUGUUGUCAUCACCCGAGAAACCAAAACAGAACAGAGCUAGGUUAAUGCAUCACGUUACAGAUAAAUAAUUGAUGUAUUCAUCCCUAUAAAGAUGUAGGCUCUUAUGCAAUGUCUUGCAUUGGACAUAAUAUAGUAGAACAUUCAUGGGGCAGACUCAUUCAAUGAUGGAUUGACAUUUCUCCUGCUGUGCUGUGUGUUCCCAGGGGGUCUGCAGGCUAUAGGGGAGCUCCUCCAAGUGGACUGUGAAAUCUACGGCCUCACCAGCGACCACUACAGCGUCACUCUGAGGAGAUACGCUGGCAUGGCCCUCACCAACCUCACCUUCGGGGACGUGGCCAAUAAGGUGAGCUUCUGGUUCCAGACGAUUUAACCUUAGAUGUAGUUGAUGUGUGUGGAAUUCUGACCUAAUAUUUUGCAAAUGUUCUGCCUAUUCCUGGAUUUAAAAACUCUUUAAAUCUCAAUUAAGCACGCUUUGUAGUCCAGGAGUAGGUUCAUUCUGGGUCUGGGAAACCUGCCAAUAUGUGUACACACACCUGAAAGUAAAGGCAGUAGUGUCUUCGAGGAUAAUCUGAAUCUCUGUGCUUGUUCAUAAAGUAUGGCUUCAAAUUAAUAAUAAGCAUCUUUCUGUGUCUUCCAUCCUCAGGCCACACUAUGUUCCAUGAAGGGAUGCAUGAGGGCCAUGGUGGCUCAGCUGAAGUCUGAGAGUGAGGAUCUACAGCAGGUGAUUGCCAGUGUGUUGAGGAACCUGUCCUGGCGCGCGGAUGUGAACAGUAAGAAGACCCUCCGCGAGGUGGGCAGCGUCAGGGCUCUGAUGGAGUGUGCCUUGGAGGUACAGAAGGUGAGACAUCCACAACUCUCACUUUGAUACAACUACAUGAUAAGGAGAACAUCAUGUAUAAGUAUGUGAAUGAAAUGUACAAUAGGAAUUCGAUAAAGAUUUACCCGAAUAUUUGCCGAAAUAUGUAUGCUGAUAAAGUAUGUCCUCUUCUCCCUUCAAAGGAGUCUACUCUGAAGAGUGUCCUCAGUGCCCUGUGGAACCUGUCAGCUCACUGCACUGAAAACAAAGCUGAUAUCUGUGCUGUAGAGGGGGCUUUGGCCUUCCUGGUUAGCACUUUGAUGUACCGAAGCCAAACAAACACCCUCGCCAUCAUUGAAAGUGGAGGAGGCAUCUUGCGCAAUGUGUCUAGUCUCAUCGCUACAAAUGAAGAUCACAGGUAUGUCUAUUCAAAUAAAAAAUAAUUCAUUAUAGUAUUAUGCUGUUAAAUCUUAUAAUGGUUUGAUAUUAUUAUACUGACUCCCCUCUAGUAAUUUUUACACUUGAAAGCUUACAAGACCAUGUGUGGUUUUCUUUCUCUGUCUGUAGGCAAAUCCUGAGAGAGAACAGCUGUCUUCAGACACUCCUGCAGCACCUGAAGUCUCACAGCCUGACUAUUGUGAGCAACGCGUGUGGCACUCUGUGGAACCUCUCGGCCCGCAAUGCAAAGGACCAGGAGGCCUUGUGGGAAAUGGGUGCUGUGAGCAUGCUGAAGAACCUCAUCCACUCCAAGCACAAGAUGAUCGCCAUGGGCAGCGCUGCAGCACUGAGGAACCUCAUGGCCAACAGGCCCGCCAAAUACAAGGACGCCAACAUCAUGUCACCUGGUUCCAGCCUGCCCUCUCUUCACGUCAGGAAACAGAAAGCCCUGAUCGAGGAACUGGACUCUCAGCACCUCUCGGAGACGUUUGACAAUAUUGACAAUUUAAGCCCCAAGGCGUCCCACAGGGGUAAACCAAGCAGGCACAAGCAGAAUGUCUACAGUGAUUACGAUGGUGUCUCUAGAUCAGACGGGUUUAGCCCUAACAGUGUGCCUGUGCGCUCCCCUUACGUGAACACACCAGUUCUUUCGAGUCCGUCACCCAGAGACAACCCAAGGGGGAACAUAGACAGUGUUAGGGCCGAGAGGGAUCGUAGCCAGGACAGAGACAGACAGAGGGGUGCACCCAGUGGUUUCCACCCAGAUCAUGACUCUAAGAGAAUGCAGAUGCCCGCCACAACAGCAGCUCAGAUCGCCAUGGUGAUGGAGGAAGUGAACAGCAUUCACUUACUGACUGGCCUGGAUGACCGGUCACCAGAGACCCCUAAUCAAGACCCUCACUGUAAAACUGCAGCACAUGGUCAUUCAAAUGUAUAUCCCUACACUAAACCCGAUCACUCGGGCAGACCAUGUCCAAUGCCCAAGUUGGAAUACAAGGCAUCCAACGACAGUCUCAACAGCGUUAACAGCACUGACGGCUAUGGAAAAAGAGGACAGAUGAAGCCGUCUGUGGACUCAUACUCUGAGGAUGAUGAGGGGAAGUGUUGCGUCUAUAGAAAAUAUCCUGCAGACCUCGCUCAUAAGAUCCACAAUGCAAACCACAUGGAAGAUGAUGACGGAGAAGUUGACACACCUAUCAACUACAGCCUAAAGUAUUCUGACGAGCAACUGAACUCUGGUCGGCAAAGUCCAAGCCAAAACGAGAGAUGGGCGAGGUCUAAGCACAUGGAGGAGGAGAUGAAACAGACAGAUCAGAGGUCUGUGCGAUCUCAAAGCCCAGGCUACCCCAUGUACACAGAGGGCAACAGUGAGGGGGAGGAGAAAUUGAAGUACAAGCCCAGGUUCGUGCAAACAGAAAUGCAACAAGGAUUCAGAUCAAGGAACUCCAACCAACACCUACAAGAUCAAAGCAAUGCUGGUCCCACUCAAGGAAUGAACAAAAAGAUGAACAAUCAGACUAUGUGCCAGUCUGUGGAUGAUUACGGUGAUGACAAACCAACCAAUUACAGUGAGCGAUACUCAGAGGAAGAACAACAGGAUGACCAGCCGACCAAUUACAGUAUGAAGUACAACAAGGAGCAUCAUACAGAACAACCAAUUGAUUACAGUCUGAAGUACUCCGACUCCUCCUCCCAAAAAUCCAUGUUUAGUCAUUCAAAGUCACCCUCCACUCAGAGCUCAGUGAAAGACCAUCUGAGCCAAGAUGGUUCCACAUCAUCCGUGACAUCCAUAAAGAAUGCAGGGAGACAAAUGCAGCUACAUCCAUCCUCGGCUCAAACGAGGUCAGGGCCAACUCGACCAGGCCAGAAGAACACAGCAUGCAAACCUCCUAACGUCAAUCAAGAGACCCUACAGACGUACUGCGUUGAGGACACACCCAUCUGUUUCUCAAGGGGUAGCUCUCUGUCAUCCUUGUCCUCAGACGAGGACGAAAUGGAAGGCUGCAAGAGGAAUGUGAAUGCUGCUAGGAACUACCCAACUCUUCCCAUCUCUGAGAAAGAGUCAACUGGCAGUCACGCCCAAGAACAAGGCACAACCGAGGGCCAGUCGUCUGUGCAGUAUGUCCGAAUGAAGCCUCCAAGGACUAGUCAAGUUCAUGGAGACGGAUCCAGACAUCACAAAGCCGUUGAGUUUUCAUCAGGAGCCAAAUCACCAUCCAAAAGUGGUGCCCAGACUCCCAAAAGCCCCCCAGAACACUAUGUGCAGGAGACACCCCUCAUGUUCAGCAGAUGCACGUCUGUAAGCUCCCUGGACAGCUUUGAGAGCAACUCCAUCGCUAGCUCUAUACAGAGUGAAUUGUGCAGCGGGAUGCCCAGUGGAAUCAUCAGCCCAAGCGAUCUGCCCGACAGCCCUGGUCAGACCAUGCCUCCGAGCCGAAGCAAAACGCCACCUCCCCCACAACAUCAACAUCCACCCCCAAUGAAACACAAAAAGCUGCCGCCUCCGCCGCCUCCGAGGGCGGAUAUGGCUCCAAGGCAUGCUGCUGUACACGCUGCUGUCCAGAGAGUCCAGGUGCUUCCGGAUAACGACACCCUGCUACACUUUGCGACAGAGAGUACCCCAGAUGGAUUCUCUUGUGCGUCCAGCCUCAGUGCUUUAAGCUUAGAUGAACCUUACAUUCAGAAAGAUAAUGAGCUCAAGAUAAUGUCUCCUGUUCACGAAGACGACCAGGGAAAUGAGGCUGAGCAUGAGCAUGAUGACACUACAGAACCCCCAAGCCAAGAGAAGCAUUCACCUGGUGAGGCAGAAAAAUACAUUUUGGAUGAUUCAGAUGAUGACGAUAUAGAAAUACUGGAGGCUUGCAUAAACUCCGCCAUGCCAACAAAGUCAUCAAGAAAACCCAAAAAGCAAUCGCCUUCCAACACUAAUUCUAGAAUACCACCACCUACUGCCCAUAAACCAAGCCAACUUCCUGUGUACAAGUUACUCCCUUCACAAACCCGAGGACAACAGAAGACUGUAAGCUUCACCCAUGGAGAGGACAUGCCUAGGAUUUACUGCAUAGAGGGAACCCCUAUAAAUUUCUCAACGGCCACAUCUCUCAGCGACCUCACCAUUGAUUCACCCCCAAAUGAGCUGACCAAUGCUGAAAGCUGUGCUCCUCCUUGUGCAGAAGUAUCCUCCAGCCAAAUAAGGGAUACUAUUCCAGAAGGGGAAAGUACAGAGGAAAAAGAUGCAGGUGUUACUUCUUCCUUCACACAAGCUGCUGCUGCAGAAAAUGAAGGGGAUGACAUCUUAGCAGAGUGUAUCAGUUCAGCCAUGCCAAAAGGUAAAAUCCACAAGCCCUUUAGAGUACAGAAAAUGAAUGAUCAACCACAGCACCCAUCAUCAGCUUCUCCUGUUAGUCUAGUCCAACAGGAGGUUGAAAAGAAGAAGCCCACAUCCCCUGUUAAACCAAUGCCACAGAGUAGUGAGUACAGAGCUAGGAUGAUUAAGAAACCCCAGCCCCCUUUCCACUUUGCUUCAUACCCUGAUAAAAACAAAGAAACCAAAAUGCUUGAGCCAAAAAUGGCCUCCAGAAAUUUCACAGAUAAGCCACCAAAUGCAGAUGAGAGGCCACGGCCAGGGUUUGCUUUUGACUCGCCACAGAAUUACACACCAAUAGAGGGUACACCCUAUUGCUUUUCACGCAAUGACUCCCUGAGUUCCUUGGACUUUGAGGAUGAUGAACCUGAUCUCUCAAAGGAAAAGGCCCAACUUAGAAAAGACAAAGACCAGAGAAAAGUGUCGACGAAAAACCGUGGAGAGCUAUCCGCAAGGACAAACAGGGCAAAUGUACCACCGACUGCUCCAACAAAACCUCUGCAGCAGAAGCAGGCAGUCUUUCCACAAGCAUCCAAAGAAAACAUGGGGCCAGUGCCAGAUGAGAAGCAGAAGUUUUCCAUUGAGGACACACCGAUGUGUUUCUCUAGAAACUCAUCUCUCAGCUCGUUAAGUGACAUUGACCAAGAGAACAACAACAAAGAUCUCCAGCCAAAAGAAGAGGAGGAUGUAACUCAGGUGGAAGCUCCUUCUAAACCCCAAGCCUCUGGUUACGCACCAAAAGCCUUUCAUGUAGAAGACACCCCUGUGUGUUUCUCAAGAAACAGUUCACUCAGCUCACUAAGCAUUGAUUCAGAAGAUGACCUUCUACAAGAGUGCAUCAGUUCAGCCAUGCCAAAAAAGAAGAAACAGACAGCCAGAAAUAAGGGGGGGAAUGACCAAGGAGAUGCCACUGAGGAGAAAAGUAUGGAUGGAAUUUUAGCUGAGGAGCCUGAUCUCACAUUGGAUCUCACUGAUACACAUAGUCCAGUUUCUGAACAAGCCUUAUCUCCAGACUCUGAAUCUUUUGAUUGGAAGGCCAUCCAAGAGGGUGCCAAUUCCAUCGUCAGCAGUUUGCACCAGGCAGCUGCUAGCCUCUCUAGACAAGGCUCAUCUGACUCUGACUCAAUCCUCUCCCUCAAAUCUGGAAUAUCCCUUGGCUCCCCCUUUCACUUACCCUUAAAUUCAGAGGAUAAUAAAUCUGCAUCCGACAAAGGAGGACGCCCACGGAUAUUGAAACCUGGUGAAAAGAGCACUUUAGAAGCAAAAAAGAAAGAAAAGGAAGAGGAGGCAGCAAAAGCUCUUAAAGGGGGCAAGAAAGUCUACAAAAGUCUCAUAACAGGAAAACCACGUGCCAGCGCUGAGACCCCAGCCUCAUUACAGCAGAGGCCGACGGCCCCUAGUGUUCCCAUAAUCUCUCGUGGGAGGACAAUGAUCCAUGUCCCUGGUGUUAGAAGCAGUUCUCCAAGCACUAGCCCAGUCCAAAAGAAGCCUCCAGCCCGUGGUCCAGCCUCUGUCUCAAAAACUCCCCCCACUCAAGGGCAGAACUCCAGUAACUCACCCAGAAGCAUCAAACCACCUGCUAAAUCUGACCCUAGUCCCACCAGGGAUCAGCCUGGAUCUCAAUCGGGAUCAAGUAAAGCUUCAUCACGAUCAGGAUCCAGAGACUCCACACCAUCCAGACCAGCUCAGCAGUCCUUGACCACCAGACCCAUGCAGUCACCUGGUCGCACCUCUGUGUCACCUGGAAGAAAUGGUCUCAGCCCCUCAAACAAAUUAUCCCAAGUGCCUCGCACUGCUUCUCCAAGCACAUUGUCAACUAAGUCUUCUGGUUCUGGCAGGAUGGCCUACACCUCCCCUGGGAGACAGAUGGGUCAGCAAACGCCACCCAAGCAGACUGGCUUGACGAGAAGCACUAGCGGAAUCCCUAGGAGUGAAUCUGCCUCAAAGAGUCUGAACCAGUGUGGAGUUGCUGGCACUUCUAAGAAGCAGGAUUUGUCCAGGAUGUCGUCCACAAAGUCUAGUGGAAGUGAAUCAGACCGGUCGGAGAAACCUGCCCUAGUUCGCCAAUCAACGUUCAUCAAAGAAGCCCCUAGUCCAACACUGAAGAGGAAAUUGGAAGAGUCUGCCUCGUUCGAGUCUCUGUCCCCCUCCUCUACCAGCCAGUCUCAAACGCCUGUGUCGAGCCCGUCUUUGCCAGAUAUGUCGUUGACUCUGCCCUAUCAAGGGAGUCAAGGAAGCAACUGGAAAAAGUCCCCUCAGAAUCCAAACUCCUCCGAAAAUGGGGAUGGGAAGCCUCAAAGAGGAGGGAAGCAUGACAUCUCCAGGUCACAUUCAGAAAGCCCCUCCAGGCUCCCUAAUCUUAACAGGAAAGGGACAUGGAAGAGGGAAAACAGCAAACACUCAUCCUCUCUCCCAAGGGUUGGCACCUGGAAGAGAACCGGCAGCUCCUCUUCCAUCCUCUCUGCCUCCUCUGAGUCAAGUGAAAAGGGCAAAAGUGAGGAUGAACGACAGCCACUGAGUCCAUCCCAAAGGUCUCCACACGGCAAAGAUGGAAACCCUUUAAAAGGAACAUGGAGGAAGAUAAAGGACAGUGAAAUGUCUCAGUCAGAAGGCCAUGAUUCUUCCUCCAUGGACUCAAUGGACACCAUGGCCAUGGGGCACCAAAUGAGCCCUGCAGUGUCCAAGACUGAGGAUGUGUGGGUGAGGAUUGAGGACUGUCCCAUUAACAACCCGAGGUCUGGAAAAUCCCCAACAGCAAACACACCUCCGGUAAUUGACAGUGUUCUAGUCAAAAUGCCCUCUGUUGAUCUCUUGACAAGUGAAACCCAUCCCAAACAGUCCACAAAUGAAAGUGUAAAUGCUCUUAGGCUAGGCUCAGAGACUAAUUUAAACUUGUUUAGGAGCAGUGAGAGUAUUGAUAAGAAAGGGCCAGACCUCAACCCUCCUCAGAGUAACCCAAGCAUCGUCCCAGAGGCCCAUGAACUGUCUGUUGCUGAACGCACCCCUUUUAGCUCCUCCAACUCUAGCAAACACAGCUCACCGAGUGGGGCUGUGGCUGCCAGGGUCAGCCCUUUCAACUACACCCCUAGUUCCAGGAAGAGCAGUGCUGACAAUGCCACACCACCACGACCAUCACAGAUACCCACGCCUGUCAGUGUCACCAACAGUGCAAAAAAGAGAGACUCUAAAGGAGAAAGUGCUGGAGAAAGUGGGUCCUACAUUGUAACCUCAGUUUAAAUCACUUGAGGCUAGAUUACACACACACAGGAUCUAGGGGAAAUGUAUUGAACAUACCUAGUGACCUCUGUUGUAAAUAAUUAUUAAAACAAACAAUCAAAGCAAAGAUAACAGGUUCAUCACAAUUUUUGGUGUAAAAAAACAAACAUGUAAAUAGUAGUGAGUCACUAGACUGUUAUUGUAGUUGAUGCCUAAUUGAUGGACCCUGCUUCUUUGCUGGUAGGAAUGUGGCUGGGACACUGGUUAUCAGGGAGAGGGGGAGACCUCUGAAGGAUAAUGUAUGUGAGUUUGUACUGUACAGAUUUUAAUUAUGUAUUUAAUUUAAACCCCUGUCAAGAUCCUGAAUCUUGUCUGACUUGACAAAGAUAAUCACUUAAAGUUGCAUAUUUGGGAUGUUAAAACACUUAAAGAUGGACUUUAAUACUACAUUAGAUUUUUUUUUUGUAUUAUAUGCCUGUACUUAGGUCAGAAAGAAAAGUAAUUCUCAUUUUUACUAAUGCAAAUGUAUUAUAAGCUUCCCUCCCUUGCAUGUAAAAUGCCCCGACGGUAAAGAUGAACAUUUAUGUGGUCACAUGACAUGUUGGUAGCUGUAGUGUGAAGUUUUACACUAUUUCAUGUGUGCUCUGAAAGUAAAGGAAUUAACCGCAAGUUAACCUUGACAACUUUUUCAAAUGAGAAAAUAGAUUAUAUGAGAGUAGACCGAUACAUGGCUCUGCUGUUUGUUGUUUAAUUGUUAUCAGGUGAGUUGGUUGCUUUUUAACGAAGAGACUAUCUCUAAA